GUUAUUUAUUUGAUAUGUAAUAAACAUAUCUAAUUAUCAAUAUGUCCACAAUCAUGUCGAGUGCUCUUCGUGUGACAUACAGUAAAGCAAUUGUCUUCCGCGCAGUGUAUUAUUCGUCUCAGCCCGAACACGCGAGUAAAACUAUUAACAAAGUUGUAAACGUUGCCAUAAUUGGUGCCCCUAACUCUGGGAAGAGUACUCUAAUCAACAACAUUGUCGAGAGGAAGAUAUGCGCAGCUUCAAAUAAAGUCCACACUACCACAAAGUUAGUAAGGGCAAUGUGUUUUCAAAAUGACACUCAAAUUAUUUUUCUUGACACACCAGGGGUUGCUACUGAAAAGGAACAGAAAAGAUACAAGCUGCCUGAGUCUAUGAUAAAUGCUUGUCACAAAAGCCUAAGAUGUGCAGAUGUGAUAGGUGUGGUACAUGACAUCUCCAACAAGUGGACCAAAGACAAUCUGCACUCGGAUGUACUCAACAUGCUGCAUAGUGUGCAAAACAUACCUAGUUUCCUAAUCAUCAAUAAAAUAGACAGAUUGGAAUCAAAAAGGCAGCUGUUAUCUGUGAUAAGGAAUUUGACCAAUGGAAUGAUUGCUGGGAACCCUGUGCAAGACCCUGAAGCUGAUAGCAGAAAGAAGAAAAGAGAUAGGGGUUAUAGCAACUUCUCAGACAUUUUCUUGGUAUCAGCUUUAAACGGAGAUGGAGUGAAAGACAUAAAGGAUUAUCUCAUCAGCAACGCCAAGCCGGCUUCCCUGCACUACUCUGCAGAAGAGUGGACUGACCAAACACCAGAAUCGUUAAUUGAAGAAGCAGUGCGGGCCAAGUUUCUAGAUUUCCUGGCUCAGGAGCUGCCUUAUAACCUCAAAAUUGAGCUAGAAUAUUACGAGGACCUUGAAGAUAAAAUUAUCUGUUCUGUAGCCGUAGAAUGCCCUUCCGACAGAAUAGCUAGGCUUAUAUCUGGAGCUGGUGGGGGCAGGCUUCAACAAAUCAAAUCACAAACUAGGAAUGACUUGGUAGAUCUUUUUAAGAAACCUGUUGUUAUUAGCAUUCAAUUGAAAGUUAAACCUAAACCAUAAAAUUACUUGUGAUUAUAAUAAAUGUGUAAAUAUU